AUGUCCAACGUUACUGUGCCCAGCACAGUCCCGAUCAGAACUGAGCCCACAGUCCCGGUGGUCAUGUUCAUAUUCGGCGUGAUCAGCAACCUGAUCGCCAUCGUGGUUCUGUGCAAGUCGAGGAAAGAGCAAAAGGAGACGACGUUCUACACGCUGGUGUGCGGCCUGGCGGUUACGGAUCUGUUGGGCACUAUUCUUGCCAGUCCCGUUACUAUUGCGACUUAUGUGAAGGGCGCAUGGCCGGCGGGCGAGCCUCUCUGCCAGUAUUUCGGAUUUGUUCUGCUUUUCUUCUCACUGGCCGGACUGAGCAUCAUCUGCGCCAUGUCCGUGGAGAGGUACGUGUCCAUUAACCACGCGUACUUCUACAACGAUUAUGUGAACCUGAGGCUAGCCAGAGGCGCGCUGGUAGCCAUCUACAUAUCCAACGCUGUGUUCUGCGCCAUGCCCAGCCUGGGCUUCGGCAAGGUCGGCAUGCAGUACCCUUACACCUGGUGCUUUCUCGACUGGAAUAGUGAAAAUGUCAGGCAUGCCGCCUUCUCAUACAUGUACGCCGGGGUCAGCGUUCUUCUCAUCCUGGUCACUGUGAUCUGCAAUGUGGUGGUGUGUGGAGCCCUGAUCCGCAUGCACAGGAGGUUCGUGCGCAGGAUGUCGCUGGGUUCUGAUCCGGGCAGAGGCACCGAGUUCGGAAGAAAGCGCAGUUUUGGGCGUCUGGCUGGGGCUGAGAUUCACAUGGUGGUGUUGCUCAUUGCCACUUCUGCUGUGGUGCUUGUUUGCUCCAUUCCACUAGUGGUGCGAGUGUUUGUCAACCAGAUACAUAAAGUUCCAGUGGAGAAACGAUUAGACAAAAAUCCAGAUCUUUUGGCCAUCCGGUUUGCUUCAAUCAACCCCAUCCUGGAUCCAUGGAUCUACAUCCUUUUAAGAAAAACAGUGUUCCUGAGACUCAUAGAAAGCAUCAAUUGUCUCUUCUGCAAAAUUAGAGCUCAAGGACAGCAGAAACAGGCCAAGCUCCACUGGAUGGGGGUCCAGAGAAUGAGCUCCGUAAUCUCCAGAGAUACUCCAUCACUUAUGUCUAAUGAAAUAAGGGACGUCACGUCACAGACUCUUUUCUAUCUUCCUGACGUCACCGAGCCCUACCAAGGCACCUGUCAUUCCAGUCGGAACUGGUCGUGCUCAAAUGGACACUUCUCCAAAGGCCUUGGGUCAGAUUCCACCAAAAGGAACCAUUUAGAUACUGAGGCAAAAUUAUGCCCCAAAAACAGCACAGCUCAACCAGCAAGCUCCAAAGAACAGCCUCUUCAUGUGACUUUAACAAAUGUGAUCUUUCAGGAGAAAAGUAUUUAG